AUGUCCGACGCAGAAGCUCCUCAGCCAAAGCCCGAGGGCGGUGAACAACUCAACAUCAAGGUCAAGGACGCCGAUGGAAACGAAGUAUUCUUUAAGGUCAAGCGAACUACCAAGCUCUCCAAGCUCAAGAAGGCAUACGCUGAGCGAAUGGGCAAGCCCGAGAACAGCGUUCGAUUCAUCUUUGAUGGUCAGCGUAUCGGAGACGCAGACACUGCAGAGAGUUUGGGUAUGGAGGAUCAAGAUGAGAUUGACGCGAUGAUUGAGCAGCUCGGUGGCUGCUAA